UACACACACACACACACACUCGUAUCUCCACUCCCAAACAAAAAAAGACCUACGCUUCCGCCACUACCCAAUCUCAAACUCCGAUCCAAUCCCACUCCGACCCGAUCUCCGAUAUGGAAGAUUCCGAUUCGCUCCCCAAUUCCGACCUCCAUCCCAGACGCCUCAGCCUCAUCGAUGUUUCUUGUGAGGACGAUUCCCUCAUCGAUUCCUUCACCGGUGACUUCAAGUUUUCAGAAGACCAAGUUAAUAGAAGUCUUGAGUUGUUCGGGGGCGCUGCGGCUAACAAGUUAGAUGCGGUUCCUGAAAACCUGGAGCUCGAUGAGCAAGCUAUGCAACCUUUGAAGUCGCUGGAACCGGAAGUGAAGAAGAAGAAGGGAAAGUAUAACUUGCGCGAAAGUAUAGCUUGGAAUAGUGCUUUUCUUACUGGUCCAGGUGUUCUUGAUGCUGAGGAGCUGUCGAGCAUGAUUGAUGGAGAUAAGAGUGAAACAAGGAUGUUACCUGGGAUUCAGGAAGAAGUUUAUAGGUCUACUGAUACAAUCUCCACCGUAGAAAGUGACACUUUGACACUCGAAAGUGUUGAGGCCAAUUUGUUUGAAGAUGUCAGAGCUUCAAUCCAGAGAUCAAGCAAUGCAUCAAAAUUAGUGGAUGAAAGUACUAAAGUGGGUUCAGGAGUUCCAGAAGACAGUAGUGCCACUGCUUCAAAGGGGGUGGAUUCGGCUUCUCAAGAUAAGGGAAGGUCUAGGCUCGCUUCUAAGAAGACAAGCAUCGACGUACAAAAACCAGGGAUAUUGAGAAGGCAGGCUUCCAGAUGCUCACAGGUAUUACAGUCUGUUUCUUCAAGUGGAGAGUCAACUACAUCUCUUUUGAAGCGACCAAAGGUAUUGGGGAAUCCUAAUCCUAGCUCAUCAGCUUUAACUAAGAGAGCUUCUACAGGUGGUGCCCUUCUCAAAAUUGAAAAGGACAGUGUCAAAAGCACAACUAGUAAAGGGGCUCCAGUGCCAAAAGCACCUUUAAGUGCUCGAGUAGUGCCCAAGCCCAGACCAUCAACUAAGACUACCACCUUGGGUGCUCCUGCCAGGAGAGAAGCAGCUUCCUCAUUCAAUAGUUCUGGCGGUACUGCAUCCAACAACAUUAAUAAAUCUCCUUUCAACUCCAAAAGGAAAACUGAUUCCAGGACUGACAAUACACCUUCCUCUGCUUCAACCUUCAAAACAUCACCUCGAAUUGAAUCAAGAAAUAAAAGUCAGUCUGGGAAAUCGCUUCGCUCGUCUAAUUUGAUUCCUGUGACAAAGCUGCUCUCUAGCAUAUCACCUGCCAGCUCUGUCAGCGAAUGGUCCUCAGAGUCAUCAAGAGCUAGCCUAGACACGGUAUCUCUUAAAAGUGGUUCUGUUGAUUUUGAUGCACCACUGAUUUCGGAUAUGGAAAACCAUGCUAAGGAUCUAAGCUCUCUUGGACAUGAGACUCAGGCAAGUGGACUGCUCCGUAGAUCCGUGGUGAAAGCCCCUAUGGAGAGAAAUGGUGCAGUCCCUCCAACUUCAAAACCUUCUGGAUUGCGAUUGCCAUCACCAAAAAUUGGCUUCUUUGAUGGGGUGAAGUCGGCUGGAUCCACUCCCAAUGGAAGUAAGCAACCUCAUCAGCUCAUUCCUAGUAUCUCGCCUAAGUCUGGGACAGGAACUGCUAGCCUGACUGGGGGCCAAAGCAAGGGACAUCUGGGAACACUUCAACCUGCUAGAACUGUAACGAAGGUGGGUAGUAAAAAGCUCGAUAUUAGACAGAUGGCCGUUAAUAUGAAACCUACAUCUUCAGUACCUGGUCAGCAUUCAUUAAAAGCUGCAAAGGAAGUCCUGACUCCUUCAAGGAAGAGCAUAUCUCCCAAAGUUGAUUGUAAAGUAGAUCCUAAAACUGGCAUGAAAAAUCAGUUGAAGGAUGAGAAAACUGGAACUGAAGGACAUGGCAUUGACAUCAAGGAGGAAGAAAACUGUUUUGUUGAGAAGAAUACUAGCGUUGCUAUAUCAAUUGAUCAAGUGACGUCAGAACUAAAGGAUACACCUGUAAAGGCUGCAAAAGUCACUCCUAUCAAUGGAGACUCUACUAGUCUCUGUGAGCCAUUCUCCACUACCGAUGCUGACCAAAAAAUUGCUUCUGUGAAAGUGGGCAAAGUUGCAGUAUUGGAACCACAUAAUGUGAAGCACGAUUCACAUAGCCUGAAUGCCUUUGAGGAGAGGAAAGAAUCGCAAGUUGAAGAGCAAGUUCACAACUUGAGCAGACAAGUUGGAGCUAUGGACACAAGUGCCGAGACUCAGCAAAUCCUUGUUGGUGAGUCUCUUUCCUCUACUCAGUUUCAGCAAUGACAAUAACCAUGAAAUAGUGCGAAUGUGCAGAAGCUAUAUAUUACUUAUCUAGGAUUCAGAUGGAUGAAGUCCUUAAAUAGAAUUUCCAGAUGUUGAUUGUGUUCUGACGAUGCAUGGUUAAUGGUAUGCUGAAAUUAGACUUGUUCAAUAGAGUGUCUUGUAGGACUUUGUAAUUGGACCUGUCCUCCAAUUUUAUUGUAAAUUUUGUUAUUUUAGUGCAUAUAUAUAUAUGUAUAU